UUUUAUGGUCAGAAAAACACGCAGAGAUAAUUCACGCCGGCAUUUGGUUUCCCGAAGGCUGUGGCUUCGUGUUAUUAUGAAAACAAAACGCAAAUUCCAGAAGUAGCUGAUAGCCAUGAAGAUUUUGCAACGUUCGGAGAGAAUGGGAAAUCGUUGUGUGAAGAAAAAUGCGGAUCUCUCUAUUUCACCGAUCGCAGUAACUUUGAAUUCUAACAAAGUGGAGCACAAAGUUAGGGAUGGUCAUACGCGAUUUGGCCAUCGACGUCUUUGCAGUACUGCAUCAACGAUAUCUGGUGAUGAUAUAAAGCUUGUGUGGGCCAAUAGUAGAGAUAGCAGAACUUUGUUCAAUAAACUUGGUGCAAUAGACAUUUUUCCAAGGUUCAAUAACUUUCUUGAAAAUUGGAAACAUUGGCAGCUUAAAGAAAGGCAAUGUAAAGAGGUCUUGGGAUUGGAUCUUGAAAUGAAACUUGUGGAAUCACUUUGUUUUACACCGACAGGGAUGAGGAUUGGCCUUGGAUGUGAUGGUGUACGAGAAGGCUAUGAUUUUUGUCUAGAUAUUGAUCCUAUUAUACAAGUCGAUAAACUGAGUGGCAAUGUUCAUUCAACUUUUGAAAAGGCCAUAAACAUGUUUCACAUUUUGACCAAAGACAUGAAAACUUUGAUUGAUGUUGGAGAAGAAAUAUGUCAAGAUUUGUUGAAGAUUUUGGAAUAUUUUAAAAGAUUGGAUGGUGUAUCCUCAUAUAACCAAGAGUUACAUAAACUAGAUGAUCCUGCUCAGGUUAGACAAGCUAUGACAAUUGUCAGAGAUGCUGUGAUGAAAUUAAAGUCGUACGGCUCGAUGAUUACAGAUUACAUAAUGAAACAUGGUCAUAAUGUUGAUAUUGUUGUUUCGAAGAACCAUUCAGUCAAUCCAACUCUUGUCAUAUUUCCAAGGCAAGUGAUUCCAAAAAUCACAACUAAAGAAAUGAACGAGGAAACCUUUCACAGUUUGAAUGUUGGAGAGGACGAUGAAAAAUAUAUUGAGGUUUCAUUGAAGUAGAUUACAUUUGUAAUGAUCUCAACCGAAAUUAUAUUUGUUCAGUUAGAUUUCUUACACCGAAGUAAUGUGUAAUCUAAUGCUGACCCAGGUCGGUCAAGGUUGAUCAUGGACAGCACGUGUCACUUGGCUGAACUUUGUGCUACAUAUUGUAAAGAUAGGGAUUUUUCAUUGAAGACAAGAUGUUUUGGCUGCUUUAUUAUGCACUCAUUGGACAUUAAUCUUGCUAAUUAUGAAAAUAAAUCCUUUUUACCUGUGGAGUAGCUGGUCUGCUCCAACAAUGUCCACCCAGUCACUUUCUUGCCAUAAAUAUCUACAAUGUACAUAAUUCUUUUAAAUAUAUUGCAUGGAAAAUGUUAAGUUGAUUUAUAAAACCAUAAAGCAUAUUAUAAGAAUUAAAGAUUUUUUAGAUCGAA